CUCAAAUCUCACACUCACUUCGUGUCGAGGACAACAACUCACUACCUCUCUGUCUCUAUCGCUCGUGAUUCAAUCUUUUCUGAAUCAUUCAACUACAAACAAUAAUUUCAGCACUAUGACCAGAAAUCAAUUCCUCCUAUUUAUAUUAACAUGACAUGAAUUGAACUUCGUGCUGCUACACUUUUAGGUGAGGCAGCAUGUGAAAUGACCACUUUCCAAUUUAUUAUGAUGAGGAAUAAGUAGAAAAACAGUUGGGAUCAUGCAUGGAAGUAUAGUCUUCUUUGACCUCUUUAUUUGUGUGUCUCUGUAGUCUAACUUGAAUUUAUUAUUAAAUUAUAGUUCUAAUUGCAUUGACUCGAAGCAGCCAAAAUGACUUCAUCUUAUAACGACGAGACCAGAAGUGAUAUUUCAGAGUCUCUGGAAGUUUGUGAAUUCGAGGGACAGUACGGAGAUCCGGGUGGUUCUUACAAAUCCAAAAGCUUGCCUGUUCUUAAUGGCAAGUGUCCGACCAUCAAUGAGACGUUGGAACCGAGGCUGGUUAGCACGACACAGACUUUAGUAAACACGGACCAGUGCUUGGUGUUCAACGAGCUGCGACAGAAAGGAGACUCAAGCGAACUGGAUUCACCCACCAGGACUGAUUUCUCCCCUUCCAUGUCCAGUAUGGUGGGUCUUAGUAGCUCUAUGAAAACUGACGCCAACCGAGCUGGUGGCAAAAAAAUAGGCUUUUCAUUGGCAAGAUUCAUCCGCUUUCCUGUGAGGAAGUACGUGAGGAUGAUUCUGUCAGACUCUAGGUGUUUUCUGUUCUGUAUGUGUUACCUGACGUUCAUCCAGUCAUUGAUGGUCUCUGGCUAUCUUAGUAGUGUCAUCACCACUAUAGAGAAGAGAUACAGCCUUAGAAGCUCUGAAUCAGGACUGCUGGUUAGCUGCUUUGACAUUGGAAGUCUGCUGGUAGUGGUCUUCAUUAGUUAUUUCGGGGGUCGAGGCCAGAGGCCACGCUGGUUGGCGGUAGGUGGGGUGUUUAUCGCUGUGGGGGCAGCUCUCUUUUCCCUUCCACAUUUUAUCUCUCCACCCUAUCAAGUCCAAGAGGUCAACUCUUCCACGGGGAACGAGGGCCUGUGCCUGAACGGGAACGGGAGCAGAAGGGACGGCCUGGACGUGUCAUCAUGUCCACGAGACCAAGAGGGCAACGAUCACUCCAUGUAUGUUGCCCUUUUCGUCUGUGCCCAGGUCCUGGUGGGCAUGGGAUCCACUCCCAUCUACACGCUGGGACCAACGUACCUGGAUGAUAACGUGAAAAAGGAGAACGCAUCCCUCUACCUUGCUGUUAUGUAUGUGAUGGGUGCUCUGGGACCAGCUGCAGGGUACCUCCUGGGAGGCGUUCUGAUUGGCUUCUACGUGGAUCCCAAAACAAUUGCCAACAUUGAUCAAAGUGAUCCACGCUUUGUUGGCAACUGGUGGAGUGGUUUCCUGCUUUGUGCUUUUGCCAUGCUGUUGGUCAUCUUCCCCAUGUUCACUUUCCCCAAAAAACUGCCCCCUCGUCACAAGAAGAAGAAGAAAAAGCACGGGUCGGACAGCAGCUGUAAUGAUGACGAUGUCUUGAAAGAGAAAUCCGACAGCAAAGGCCAGACUGUGGCAUCCUCCAUGGGCUUUGGGAAGGACAUCAAAGAGCUUCCCAAGGCUGCCAUAAGGAUCCUCAGCAACAUGACGUUUCUAUUUGUGAGUCUGUCCUACACGGCCGAGAGCGCUAUUGUCACUGCCUUCAUCACCUUCAUCCCCAAGUUCAUCGAGUCGCAGUUUGGAAUCCCUGCCUCCAAUGCCAGCAUUUACACAGGGGUCAUUAUUGUGCCUAGUGCAGGCGUGGGCAUUGUACUGGGCGGCUACAUCAUAAAGAAACUUAAGCUUGGAGCCCGCGAGUCGGCCAAGCUGGCCAUGAUCUGCAGUGGGGUUUCUCUUCUGUGCUUCUCCACCCUCUUCAUCGUGGGCUGUGAGAGUAUAAACCUGGGUGGCAUCAAUAUCCCUUACACCACAGGGCCGACACUGACUCUGACCCAUAGAAACCUGACGGGAGGCUGUAAUGUGAACUGUGGCUGUCGGAUCAACGAGUAUGCUCCUGUUUGUGGCUCCGAUGGCAUCACAUAUUUCAACCCGUGUCUGGCGGGAUGCAGCACGGUUGGCAAUGACAGCACUGGGAUCAGAAACUACACGGACUGUGCAUGCGUGCAGAGCAGACAGGUCAUCACCCCUCCCGCCAGCGGACAGGGCAACCAGCUGCAGCUGGUCAUAGUGAAGACCUACCUGAACGAGAACGGAUUCGCUGUGUCAGGGAAAUGUGAUCGCACCUGCAACACACUCAUCCCCUUCCUCAUAUUCCUCUUCAUCGUUACGCUCAUCACAGCUUGUGCACAGCCCUCCGCCAUUAUCGUCACUCUCAGGUCAGUAGAAGAGCAAGAAAGACCAUUUGCUUUAGGAAUGCAGUUUGUGCUGCUAAGAACUCUGGCCUACAUUCCCACGCCCAUCUACUUUGGGGCAGUGAUCGACACCACCUGUAUGCUCUGGCAGCAGGACUGCGGCGUUCACGGCUCUUGCUGGGAGUACGACGUCACUUCCUUCCGCUUCGUCUACUUCGGCCUGGCUGCCAGCCUCAAGUUUGUGGGCUUCGUGUUUAUCUUCCUCACCUGGUACUCCAUUAAAUACAAAGAGGAUCAGCUGAAGCGCUGGCAGCAGCAUCUGCCUCCUCUGGGCACCGUCAGUGAGCUCAUCUGUCACGCAGGUGGCCACAAGAGCCACGCUCGCACCCGCUCCUGCCCUGUUUUCACACCCCGUCCCGAACCCCCUGAGCCGCCCGCUCUUAACCGUGGACACUGCAGCCAGAGCUGCCCCGGAAACGGCCUCAAAGCAAUAAGCCCACCCGCCCGCUCAAUGCAGGAAAUGAGUCAUAUUUGAGGACGCGUGCCCCGACAUCUGCCUCCAUGUGCCUUCAUGUCAGGUGUCGUCCUCAUCGUCCCCCAAAAGGCAGGGCCAACGUACGCCUGUUUUUCCUCCCGCGUGGCUUUGUCGGGGGCUUGCUGCGCUCACCGAUCUCAAUGUCACGAGUAUUUGCUGUAUGGAAGACGUCUCAUGGUGCUAAAUGGGGAAGAGGGAGGACAUUUCUCUAAGACGUACCACAAGCACAAAUAGAAGAAAUCAGUUCUAUGCAACGCCGUAUAGCAUUAAAGCCUGCAGGCAGUGUAUUAUCAUCAUUCUCAACAGCAGAACAUCGCAUAUGGUCUUUCUGAACAAAUCUGUGACAAAUUCAAAUGUCUAUGGUGUUAACUAUCUUCUGGCUAGUUUGGAGGGGUUGGUUUCGUCAGUGUGAUUUGGGUGUUAUUCAAGGAGCUGUGAAUUCAGUGCCUCAAAUUGCCCUGUCAGCAGUGAGGUCUGCUGGAUAACAAGCUGAAAUGCAUUUGGAGAAGGAUUGAAACCUUGUCUGAAGAAGGAAAUUCUUCAUCUUCAUAAUCAUUCUGUCUAUUCAGUGAUUGACUCUCAACGGCGAUGUGUGUUUUGAUGCAUACUGUGGGAUCAGAUGUUCACAUGAUUUAGCAGACAUGUUUAAUAUCAGGUCUCAAAUGUCAAGCUUUGUUUAGACCAAUUUUAUGUUUUUUUUUUUUUUUGGUGAAUCCGUAUUCUAAUCAGUUGUUCUUUGUUGUGUUGACAGCAAAAAACACAUGAAAUCUGAUGUUUACAACCCCCAUCUAAACCACAUACACAUCUAGUUUGAAAUCUGAUUCAAAACUGAUUUGUUUUCCAGUCUGAAUGGUUAGAUCAGACAUGGAAUGACAAAUCGAAUGUGUAUGUUUUUGCUCUCUCUGCAAUCUAUUGUUCCAUAAAGAUAAUCUAAAGAAGCAUAAAAUAACUUUUAGUUCAAUGAAAAUUUGUCUUUAAAAUGAUUGAAAAUUUUAAUUGAACUAAAGGUUCUCUCUUCCCACAAAGAAAACAAAAUUCCCUGCGUCCCAAUUCGCCUUAUUAUACUACGCCCUAAAAGUAUGUACUCUUGUGAAGAAAA